AUGUGUGAGGAUGACCUGCAGGAGAAGAUUAAUCUAACGAUCUUGAACCUAAUGGAGGAUGAAAUUAAUACGAUCGAAUUACUAGUUAUAAGGGAUCAGUUCAGGCCUUGUACGGGAAUGGUCGCAGGUGGAAUGUUAUACUUCUUUGAAGGAGACCCCCAUUUCAUAUCCAUCAAAAGCGUGUGCUUCUAUCCCCAUGAAUCCACGUCCAUGUGGCUUAUAGACCAAAGGUGCGUGAAAGAAGAGUUUCCAGAGACGUCAAAGAUCCGCGUGAUAUCCCUUUUAUGCUAUGUACUUACUCUGUUGGCGUAUCUUUACGUUAAAAAACUAAGGAAUGUCCUGGGCAAGUCCCUUAUAUCCUGCUUUUUCUGCAAGAUCGCAGUGUUUCUUAUCGACAUACUCGAUUCAUUGAGUCUAGUUGACCGAAUUUGUGCUUUAGCAGGUUAUAUUAAAUAUUUCAGCUUAAUGGCAUCCUAUAUUUGGUUUUCUGUCAUUAGCUAUCAUUUAUGGAAUACAUUAACAUCUAUGAGACGGGUCGAACCUCGUAAUCAGUUUCUUCGUUACAGCGCCAUUGCAUGGGGCAUAGCUGCUAUCCCCCCAGGAGUAAUUUAUGUGAUUAAUCAGGUUUUUGAGGAGCAUAACCAUCUCAACUGGAUGCCCGUUGUCGGUUUUAGUAACUGCUUUGUAAAUUUCGGACAAUCCUUUUAUCUUUAUCACAACGGACCUCUGAUGGUUUUGGGUGCCUUUAACGUGGUUCAGACAAUCCGGACGGUCGUUAGCAUGCGAAAAGUGAAGAGCGAACUGAAAAAGUUUGACCGCAAUGCGGAGAACACAAUCUGCUGCAACUUCGCCAUUCAAAAAAACCUUAUGUUUUUUCGGAUCUGUUUCAUCAUGGGCUUGUUUUGGAUUCUGGAUACUAUUUAUAUUUUGAAUGCCAUUUUUAUAAGCAGUAUUUUGAAGGCGCUUGCUGUUGUUGUACUUUAUUUCAAAACCAGUUCAGGAGUUUUCUUUUUUCUGCUGCUUGUUUUCAAGAGCAGCACCUUAAAGCUGCUAAUGGAUGAAUUUCGUAAAGGACGAUAG